UAUUUGGUGAUUCAUCAAUCGAGUCGGCACUUGGUAUAUUUAUUAUUUUAGGUGCAACGAACACCAGUUGUAAACACGAAACUGCCAACUGGCUUUACUAUUUUCUACACAAUAUUGUAGCUCACAUAGAUUCUAAAUUGGACUAUAGUAAAGCCACUAUACAGUUUCACUUAUUGUUCGGAAUACAACCAAUAUUCGAUUAAAAUGGGUAAAGAGGAAUCAAUUACUGACGAUAAACAAAUCAAGAUCAAUAAAUGGGAUUACCUUGCCGUAAAAAAUACUCUUGAUGACGCGGUGAAGGAAGUAUUAAUUACAAAAUAUAACCAUGUCGAGGACUUUUCUUUGAUUGACUAUCGUUUGCUAAUAUGCACAUUUGCUGUGUUAGUCGCUGGAUUUGCACUUGGCUGGGAUUUCUUCAAUCCAUUCCCCAAGUCGCGCUUUGUUCUUACGGUAUGUGUUGCUUUAUAUUUCAUUACCAUGGGUGCAAUCACAUUAUACACAACAUACAUGGAAAAAGGCAUAUUUGCCGUGACUUUGGAACGAGAUGAAAGCGGUUUUAAUCCAGAUGUUGUUUGGGAAGCCAGCAGUUAUAUAAAAAAACAUACUGGUAUGUACUAUUUGACCAUGGUCCGUAAAGAUGCUGUUGGAGCAGAUAUCAGAGAGCGUGAAAUAUCCAAAUCAGUUGCAAAUUAUUUUGAUGAAGAAGGAACAUUAUGUCAAGAUGUGGUGGAGAAUGAGGUAACCAAAAUGAGAGAAGCUGUUUUGAAAUUGAAGAAAAUUGAAUAAUUUAUAUUGUUAGA